AUGGGGUCAUUCAAACUCUCAUUUACACUGCUUUGUUUCUUAAUUCUAGGAACUGUUCACACCAACCAUUCCCAAAACUCUCAACAGGAUUACUUGGAUGCUCACAAUACAGCUCGUGCUCAAGUGAGUGUGGGGAACAUGGUAUGGAAUGCGACUGUUGCUACCUAUGCUCAAAACUACGCUAACCAGAGAAUAGGGGAUUGCAAUCUUAUACAUUCUCAAGGACCUUAUGGUGAGAAUCUCGCUGAAGGUACUGGUGACUUCACAGGUUUGUGGACACUAUACUCAAGUUGUGUGGCGUAA